CGCGGCCCGUGCCCCGUGAUGGAGAGUGACGAGCUGUCUUUCAACGUGGACCACGGGUACUUGGAAGGCCUGGUGCGGGGCUGCAAGGCCGGCCUCCUGAGCCAGCAGGACUACGCCAACCUGGUCCAGUGCGAGACCCUGGAAGAUCUGAAGAUUCAUCUCCAGACCACUGAUUACGGCAACUUCUUGGCUAAUGAAACGAAUCCUCUCACUGUUUCCAAGAUCGACACGGAGAUGAGGAAGAAGCUGUGCAGGGAAUUCGAGUAUUUCCGGAAUCACUCCCUGGAGCCCCUGAGCACCUUCCUCACCUACACCACGUGCGGCUACAUGAUCGACAACGUGAUCCUGCUGAUGAACGGGGCGCUGCAGAAGAAGGCCGUGAAGGACAUGCUGGGGAAGUGCCACCCGCUCGGCCGGUUCACGGAGAUGGAGGCCGUCAACAUCGCCGAGACCGCGUCGGACCUGUUCCAGGCGGUGCUGGUGGAGACGCCGCUCGCUCCAUUCUUUCAAGACUGCAUGUCCGAAAAUACUCUGGAUGAACUGAAUGUUGAGAUCCUGCGCAACAAGCUGUACAAGUCUUACCUCGAGGCAUUCUAUAAAUUCUGCAAGAACUAUGGUGAUGUCACAGCAGAAAUUAUGUGUCCCAUUCUCGAGUUCGAGGCUGACAGACGUGCCUUCACCAUCACGCUGAAUUCCUUCGGCACCGAGCUGAGCAAAGACGACCGGGAGACCCUCUACCCGACCUGUGGCAAGCUGCACCCCGAGGGGCUGCGCCUGCUGGCCCAGGCGGAGGACUUCGAGCAGAUGAAGAGGGUGGCGGACCAUUACGGAGUGUACAAGCCUUUGUUCGACGCGGUGGGUGACGGCAGCGGGGGCAAGUCGCUGGAGGACGUGUUUUACGAGCACGAGGUGAGGAUGAACGUGCUGGCUUUCAACAGACAGUUCCACUGCGGCGUGUUCUACGCGUACACGAAGCUGAAGGAGCAGGAAGCGAGGAACGUCGUGUGGAUCGCGGAAUGCAUCUCGCAGAGACACCGGACGAAAAUUAACAGCUACGUUCCCAUUCUGUAACCCGGGCCGGGGGGCCGGGGUGGGGGGGCUCCCGGCGCGGAAAAUCGCCCACGCCGAGAAGAGGUAGUUGAGGGAAACCCGGGGCCGCGUCGCGUGGCCCCACGUCGCACAGAAGCCGCGUGGCGAAGCGCCCUUUGCCCCCUGCAGCCUUCGAUCUCGUCCGCUCAUUGUCGCCAGCCCUUCGAUGCGCGUUUUAAUUAGCCGCUCGGUGCUCUUCCUAUGCUUAUGUUUUGUUGCGUUAAGAAUCAAAUCUAAUAAAAGCGUUUUUGCUGCUUUUCCUGCUUCUCAGGAAGCGGCACCGAGCGUCUGUUGUACUGUCUGACUGUCCUUUCCCUCCGUGGGGCCACAAAACUCCGGGGCUGUUCGCGGCCCACACGGACCACGUGUGCUGGGAAAUACUGUCUUUUUUCCAAACACACUCUGAUCCGGUCGGCUCGGGAGAGCGGCGGAGUUUUGAGUCACCUCCCUGGGCAUAAGUAGUGGUGAAUUUGUUACCAAGGCCACGCUAAUAACUUAUCGCUCACACAGCUUUCUUCAAACCAAGGAUGUGUCUCUCUGUCUCUCACACACAUUCCUUCGUGCUUUGCCUGAGAAGACGAGCCCACUAACUGGACUUCACGCAUUCAGCAGCAUAAAGCACAGGGCGGCGUGCAGCGUGUGG